AUGGAGGAAGUCAGAGGAUCACCGUCUUUGUCCAGCGACACCGAGAAGGGACCAACCCCGGAACGAAAUGAUACCACUCAACUGUCGAAUGCCCACAAUGGCAAAUCGCUCCCGCCCAUGGAUGGCGGAAUGAACGCCUGGCUCUUCCUCGCCGCAUGCUUCGUUAUGGAGGCCCUCGUCUGGGGAUUCGCAUUCACAUACGGUGUCUUCCAAGCAUAUUACAGCGAGAUACCCGAAUUCAAGAACACCGGAAACAUCGCCGUCGUCGGAACCUGCGCUAUGGGAAUAAUGUAUCUCGACCUCCCACUCGUCUUCGCCGCCUACAGACAAUGGCCGAAGUAUCAACGCCUAGGCUGCGGCGUAGGCGUACUGCUGAUGUGUGCGGCUCUCGGCCUGAGCUCCCUCGCCACAAACGUCAACCAUCUCAUUAUAACGCAAGGAAUCUUCUAUGCCAUCGGCGGCAGCAUCGCCUACUCCCCCUGCAUCUUGCUAAUGGAAGAAUGGUUCGACAAGCGCAAAGGCCUCGCCUUCGGUGUGAUGUGGGCGGGCACUGGAAUUGGCGGUGUUGUCCUCCCCAUUGUCAUGGAACAACUCCUUGGCCGAUACGGAUUCCGAACCACAUUGCGUGGCUUUGCAAUUGUGCUCUUUGUCCUCACAGCGCCGCUGGUCUACUUCGUCAAACCGCGCGUGCCGAUCGCAAAGAACCGUCCCAGCCCAUCACUUCCAAAUCUCAGCUUUUUGAUGACCUCCACCUUUGGCCUCUUCCAGAUUUGCAAUAUUAUCGAGGCUCUUGGGUUCUUCUUGCCGUCCCUGUAUCUCCCGACGUACGCGGGCAUGAUCGGAGCAUCAGCCUCGCUGCAAGCACUGACUGUCAUCCUAUUCAACUUGGCCUCCGUCGUUGGCUGCGUGCUUAUGGGUGCCAUCAUCGAUAAGCUCGAUGUGACGGUCUGUAUCCUUAUUUCUACCAUUGGGUCAACCCUCGGUGUCUUCCUCAUCUGGGGAUUUUCCAUGACUCUUGCUCCUCUUUUCAUCUUUUCAAUUGUGUAUGGCCUCUUCGCGGGGUCAUAUACGAGUACUUGGCCUGGCAUUAUGCGCGAUGUCGUUCUCAAGAAGCCUUCUGCAGAAUCAAGCAUGGUGUUCGCUUCUCUUGCCGCGGGGAGGGGCAUUGGAAACCUGGUUUCCGGCCCUCUUAGUGAGGCACUUGUGAAGGGGCUGCCUUGGGAGGGCGAGCCGGGUUAUGGAUUCGGGAGUGGGUAUGGAUCGUUGAUUGUCUUCACGGGGGUGACGGGAGUUAUUGGUGGCGGAAGCUAUGUUGCGAGGCGUUUAAAAUGGCUAUAA